UUUCCCAUCAUGCCACACCGUGAAACAGUAUCCGUGGCAACAGCACAGGAAGUGGCGCGUAACUUUUUAAAAGUUGUCAAAACAACAACAAAAGAGGAAUGUUAACACGAAACAAAGUCUCCAUCAUUUUGUUUUAGCAAACAAAGGUUUAUUUUUUUCGCCCCAGUCCGCCCUGGUUGUAAAACAUGUCAUUUGCCAGACUGGGGCGUUCACAACAACCAACGAAAGGAAAGGAGUCUGUUCGCGCGAAGAAGGCCAAAGCUCCAAAAAGAGACUGGGUGAGCACUGUCCAUGAUCUGUCUGUGCACAAGCCAACACCGGCUGAACUAACUCAUCGACAUGAGAUUCACAAGUCUCGAAACAAAGCUGUUGCUCAGUGGGAACUCAAAGAAAAAGCCCUAAAACGUUGUGCCAGACAAGCUGGCAGCCCCGCGCCUCUGGAUCCAGCUAGCCUUAGUAUCAUCAGGGAGGUUUUCUCUGAUCAGCUGCUGCUGCAGGACGUACUGGCCCGUUCUGACAGAGCCAUGGCUGUUGUUAAAGACCUGUUUGGAGAUGCUCCACAGAGACAGAUUGGACACCCCAGUGUGACAAUGGCACCAAACUGUGAUUCUGACACAGAAUUGCCUGUUCUGGAGAGACCAGAUCCCCCGACUCACUUAUCUUUCCUCAGCCAAUCAAUGAUGGAUCAAGAGGCUCUCAAUGAUCUAGAAGUUUCAAAGGAAAACCGCAGAGUUGAAAACACCAGUUCAGACAGUCAUGUAAUCCACAGGGUAACUGGACGGAAAUCAAAGUCGCAGUCUGGAAGUGGAGUUUUACGUCAGCAGAAAAUGCAUCACUCCAACUUUCAUCAUGCAGACAGCGAUGAUGGUCCUGUGACUCCCUGUGCAUCACGAAAGCCACCAAACCAAAACGCUCUCAAUGCCACAGUUGCUGUUCAGCGUGUUCGCUCCAAACACUUUGAGGAAAACGAAGAGGAAACGUCAUCUCAGGUUUCUCAGGUCCUGAAUCCUGAACCGCUGCUCUGUCGAUCUGGAAGGAGUGGCAGCUGCACCAGGAAGGUCAGGAAAUGUGUUUCUCAUGGCUCGGAGCUGGACGGCUCCACUGCUGCCUCUCUAAGUGGGGAGCAGUCCGGUCUGGGGCUGUUGCAGGCCAUGCUGGGGCAGGUGGAGGCAGACUUGGACGCUUUUUGUCCUCAGAUGGCGUCAGCUCAGAGUCUGAAACAGCACAAAACACAAAGCCUCACUGGAUUCUCUGUGGCCUUGGUCUCAACACUUGGGAGAUUAGUUCACCUCCUCAGACAGGCGGGAGAGGAUACUCAGAAAGAGACUGAGGGCAGACGGAGACUUGAGGGAGAACUGAAAGAGCAGCGAGGGCUCAUCGACGCUCUCACCGCAGAAACCAUGGCUCUGAGAGAGGAGGCUGCUGCUGUGCAGGCAGAUCUGCAGCGGCGCACCGCAGAGCUGGAGCAGAAGUUGGAUAAUGUGGUGUUGGCGAUGGGAGGACUGGGACUGUUGGGGGAACCCUCCAGCCCGUACCAAACUUUUGUUCCAGGUAAAUGUGCUCCAGAUGCUGAGCGAGCUCCUACACAAACUCAGGGUUUCGUCUCUCCUGCUGUCCUGCUCACCCCACCUCGACAAGAAAGUAUCCUCCAGCAAAGUCCUGGUCUUCAUCCACAGCAGCUUCCUUCGAUAGAUUUCCUGCGUUCCCGUGAGCCUGAUCCACCUCCUGGUUCUGCUUCAGGGCUGACCGGACUUUCCUCCGGCCCCUCUCUGUCAGUUACCUCUGACUCUCGCCACUCGCACUUCUCUCCAGACUCGCUGCUGGAUGAGAUCACCAAACUGAAAAGAGAGAACGACCUGAUCAGAGCUCAGCUGAGUCAGGCUCAGGGCCUUGGAUCUGGGGUCAGAGGGGCUUCUGGCAGAAGCGAUGAUCGCAAAAGCUCCACCGUCACAGGAAGAGUCUCGCCUCAGAAUGAAGGGGAGAGAAUAACAUCCAAGUCCGCCAGCACAAACAGAAGGCGUCAAGAGGACGUGUGUCCUGGAAAAGAAUUGCAGCUUGAACAAACGAGAGCCGAGAUGGGCAGUGGGGUUGUUUCAGAAACCCCAACGAAGGACACCCUCAGUGUAAACAGUGUGGAACAGCGCCUCCUGGAGCUCAACAGGAAGAGUGCAGCGGCCAGGGAGCGACUGCUGGAGCUCAUUGAGCAACAGAAGCAAAGUGUUGCAGGCAGAGCUUUUAACUCGGACUCCCCCAUCCCUGCUUCUGCUUUCAGUCCAGAAACAGCAGCUGGAGCAGAGUUGGUGCCUGAGCGGGAGCUACCAUCACAUCAUAGAGGUGAAAGAAGGUCUGUUGGGUCUGUUGGGUCUGAUGUGUCGUCUCACAGAUUGGGUUUUGAAAUUGACAGAAAUUCACAGGUGGACAAGCAGAAGAAAAGUGAAGGCUGGUUUGCUUUGUCUGCCCACAUGAGAUGAGAACGAAUUACACCUUUCAAUCUUUUAUCUAUUGUUAUUUUCAUUUACCUGAAUAAAAUAGCUUUUAUUUAAAAAAAAAAAACUGGGAUUUUUGUGUUCUGUCUAUGCUAAAGUUAUAUUUUUUUACUCACACCAGCAGAGGAUAAUUUAAAUGCCAACAUGUCCUACCCUAAACUAUACAUACAAAUGGAAAAAAAAGAUUAAAUCUGUACAGCUUAGACAACUUCAAGAAUGAUGAGCAAAAUAUGAAUAAGUGUGAAAAAAAAA